AUGCAUGAUGAAAAAGCAAGCUGGCUGUAUGCCCAUGACUACGGCUGCAACUUGGCAGGGUCAGGGGCUGGAUGGAGGCCCAGCUCAUCCACGCGGAGAGAAGAAGAAGACAACGACGAUGAAGAAGAAGAAGAGUAA